AUGACAGUUCCUCUUACUUUCCCCAUGGAUGCUCAAAAUUAUUAUACAAUGAACCAUAAUCAGAUCGAUUCUUCUUCUUAUGGCAAUACCCCAGCGUUGUUGGACGACUUGAAUAUCAAGAAAUCGUCACCUGCACUAUCGAAAAAUCCAUCUUCAUGGGACCCAUCAGAUGAUCUACUCUUAAGACAUUUGAAAGAAGUCAAAAAAAUGGGAUGGAAGGAAAUCGCUCAAUAUUUCGAAAAUAGAACUCCAAAUGCCUGUCAAUUUAGAUGGAGACGUUUAAAAUCUGGUAAUUUAAAAUCAAAUACCACAGCUUUGAUGGAUGUCACGCAAUUUCCUGGUCAAAUUAAAAUAUUAAAUAAAAAUCCAAGUAUUAAAGAAUGUAGAAAAGUUAAGUCACAAAAUAAUCAAAACCAAAAGCCAAUAGUCACUGAUUUAGACAGUGUAUCCACUUUCAUAAGGCCGGCUCCUGUCACCUCAAAUUCUUUCCCAACAAAUAUUCAACCUUUACCAAAUCCACAACAAUUCAGAACUUCUUCUUCCUCUUCAUCUCCUCCAGCUUCUUCAUCAAUGCUUCCUAUCGUGCCAAUAGAUAACGAUAGCAAAUUCAUCAAGCCAAGAUCUUAUUCGCAUUCUUUCACAAAUAACGUCCAACCUUUAAGUACAAAUCCAUCCAGUAUAAGUAAUUUGAUCAAUUCUACGCAGGAAACCACAGAAAAUGUAGGAUUCGUACCAAAAGUCUUUGUGAGAUCAAGACGUAAUUCUUUCGCAUUUCCAACUAAUAAUAAUGCUGCUGCCGCCGCCGCCGCUUACUCCACAUCACCAACUUCUCCUUUACAAAAUGCCUUGAAUACAACUUUGAAUGGUUCCAAAUCAAGAAAGAAUUCUUUCGCCAAUUGGUCAAGAAGGUCUUCUUUCACUGUGGGUAGCAGUGGUCUUCCAACAAGAAGAUCUUCUACUAUAGUAGCACCAAACUCUGUGUCAAAUUCAUUCAAUUUUAAUAGUCCAGCUUCAAAUCAACAAAGAAGAGGUUCUUUAAUUAAAAAAGAGUUAAUAAAUCAAAAAAAAUCAUCUAUGUUUACUAAUUCUUACAAGUUCACAGAUAUCCCAUUAGCCCAAUCAAUACAGAGAUCAAACACCACUCCAUUGGUAGAGGAACAAAAGUACGAACCUUGGACAAACGAAGAAGAUCAAUUACUUUUAGAAAAUAGGUCAAGAAAUCUAAAUAAACUGGAACUUUCCAUUCUAUUAGCAAACAGGUCAGAAAGAGAAAUUGAAUAUAGACUCAAUUGUAUAUCAAAUAGGGAAUCUCUACUGGAGGAUUCUUCAAAAUCUUCAUCUGUAACUUCUUUAUCAUGCCCACCACCUUCCAUAAUAAUAGAAGGUUAUUCCUCUUCUCCUACACAUUCGUCAAAGAGAAAAUCCAUUUCUAUUAAUGAAAUUGUAUUCGAUGACGAUGAUGAUGAAAUUGACCCAUUACACGUAAAGAAAAGUAAUGAAAGAUGUGGUUCUGAAGAAGCAAAUUCCACAACUUCGAAUAAUUCAUCAAUGUCAACAGCCGCCACUUUAGUUAAUGGAAUGAACCAAAAAGAAUUACUAAACGAUUUGGAAUCCGCAGGGUCUUUGAGAUCCCAAAGUCUUACUCCAAAUGCUAAUGCCCCUCAAUUGCCAAGUAUAGGAUCACUUUUCAAAACCAUGGUAUGA